GGGCGGAGCGCAGGGCGGUGCCUGGCGCGGGUCCUUAGUCUGGGGACGCCGAGCGCCCUGCGCGGGUGCCGGUGGCGGGGCCGAGAGGCUGCGGGGAGACAAUGCCCGGGCUCAUCCCUCUCCUCUCUUUGCUCCUGGUGCCGCUGCAGACGAGCGCGGCUGGCCUGCUGCGUAACACCACGAAGAGGACAUUUGCCAUCGACUACGAGCACAACUGUUUCCUCAAGGAUGGCCGGCCCUUCCGCUACAUCUCGGGCAGCAUCCACUACUCCCGCGUGCCCCGCUUCUACUGGAAGGACCGGCUGCUGAAGAUGAAGAUGGCAGGGCUGAACGCCAUCCAGACGUAUGUGCCCUGGAAUUUCCAUGAGCUCGAGCCAGGAAAAUACCAGUUUUCUGGAGACCAGGAUGUGGAAUAUUUCAUUCAGCUGGCGCAAGAACUGGAUCUGCUGGUCAUCCUCAGGCCGGGACCCUAUAUCUGUGCCGAGUGGGACAUGGGAGGAUUACCUGCUUGGCUGUUAGACAAAGAAUCAAUUGUUCUGCGUUCUUCUGACCCAGACUACCUUCAGGCUGUGGACAAGUGGUUGGGAGUCCUGCUGCCCAAGAUGAAGCCGCUCCUCUACCAGAAUGGAGGCCCCAUUAUAACUGUGCAGGUAGAGAAUGAGUACGGCAGUUAUUUUGCCUGCGAUUAUGAUUACCUGCGCUUCCUGACCAAACGCUUCAGGGAACACCUGGGUGAGGACGUGGUUCUCUUCACCACUGAUGGAGCGAAUGAAAAGUUUCUGCAGUGCGGGGCUUUGCAGGGGCUGUUCGCCACAGUCGACUUCGGAGCAGGUUCUAACAUCACAGCUGCUUUCCUAACCCAGAGGAAGAGUGAGCCCAAAGGGCCCUUGGUCAAUUCUGAAUUCUACACUGGCUGGAUUGACCACUGGGGCCAGGCUCACUCAACAGUCAGCACCAAAGCUGUCGUCUCCUCUCUCUCCGAGAUGCUGGCCCAGGGAGCAAACGUGAACAUGUACAUGUUUAUAGGUGGGACCAAUUUUGGCUAUUGGAAUGGGGCCAACAUGCCAUACCAAGCCCAGCCAACCAGCUACGACUACGACGCCCCACUGAGCGAGGCGGGGGAUCUCACCGAGAAGUAUUACGCGGUGCGAGACGUUAUCGCGAAGUUUGAAAAGUUACCAGAAGGUUUCAUCCCUCCAUCUACACCGAAGUUUGCCUAUGGGAAAGUUGCUAUGGAGAAGUUGGUGACAGUGGAGGAAGCUCUGGGUAUUCUGUGUCCCGGUGGGCCCACUAAGAGCCUUUACCCCCUGACGUUUACCCAGGUGAAACAGUACUUUGGAUUCGUGCUCUAUCGAACAACGCUGCCUCAAAACUACAGCGACCCGACACCCCUCGGCACACCCUUUUACGGAGUCCACGAUCGGGCCUACGUGGCAGUGGAUGGGGUCCCCCUGGGAGUCCUGGAGCGAGACGGUUUUCUGACUCUGAAUGUAAUGGGGAGAGCAGGAGCCACUCUGGACAUCCUGGUGGAGAAUAUGGGGCGCGUGAACUACGGCCCGAAUAUCAGUGAUUUUAAGGGACUGGUUGCCAACCUGACCCUCGGCAACAACACCCUCACGGACUGGGCCAUCUUCCCACUGGACACGGAGGAGGCAGUACGCAGCCACCUGAGAAGCUGCAGUAGCCGUGACAGCAGCCACCACCACGGAGCCCCUGCCCGACACUCGUCUGCCUACAUGCUCCCCGCCUUCUACAUGGGGAGCUUCUCCAUCCCCAGUGAGAUCCCAGACCUGCCCCAGGACACCUUCAUACAGUUUCCCGGAUGGACCAAGGGUCAGGUCUGGAUCAACGGCUUUAACCUUGGCCGCUACUGGCCAGCGCGGGGCCCCCAGAUGACCUUGUUUGUGCCAAAGCACAUCCUGGUGACCUCGGCUCCAAACAACAUCACAGUGCUGGAGCUGGAGCAUGCUCCCUGCGGCGAUGGCGACCCUCAGCUCUGCGCCGUGGAGUUUGUGGACAGGCCCGUGAUCAGUUCUGAAGUAGCGAGAAAGAAGAUGUGGAAAGGCCCCUGGCACAGCGGAGCUGUUCAGGAGCUCUAGGGAAGCCACUGACCGGCUCUGCACCCUGAGAUAAAUCCCAGCUGGAGCCCCACUGGGAACAGAACCUCCUGCACACGCUGGUGCCAGCCCCGGACAUCCUCGGGCCCCAGACACCUCCGGACCCGGAAAGCAGAACCCUGUGCUGGAGGAAAAUGUUUUACGUUAGCCCUUCACCUCCCAAAAUACCGACUGGGAACCAGCAUCUUGAACUUGCCCACACUCAGAGGAGACCCAUCAGAGGUGAGGGGAGCCGUUUCCACCUCGCCAGGUGGCACCCAGUGCCCUGAGAUGGUGGCACAUCCCCACCCCCCGCCCCCCCAUUCUUUGACAGUAAAAAGCAAUACUGCGUUUCCAAAGGCCUCUCGAUCGCCAGCUUUCCGGAUCCGUUGGCUAAUGUGCUGGGAAGAUUCUGCUGAGCGUCCUUGCAGCCUGGUCUUUCGGUCCCUGUUGAGUCCCCAUCGUGGUUCUGCUGGCCUCCACCCUCCUUUCCGUAGCCGUCUUGGGGAGAAUACAAAGUGGGCAAAGCCGCUGCCACGGCUGCCACAUCAUUCCCUGGGAAGCCUGAGCUACGACAUCCUAAAUACUGAGUGUUGAGGUGGCGGACCACAGGAACAGGCGUCUCAGAGGCGUUUCAACAAGUUCAGGGCCUUAAGAUUGUUGCCGGGUGUGGAGGGGUGUCUCGGCUGGCCCCUGGUGCAUCCCCAGCCUUACAAGUAUCAGCCCGAGAUCUCUCAGCUCCGGUGGCAGGAGGGGAGGGGCGGGGCAUGAGGAACUGCGGACACUGCCAGGAAGAGAGACCCAGCCGGCUUCUGGAACUCUGCUUCCCCACAAGUACUUGCUCUGAUUUUUCAUUUGGAAUUAAUUCUGUUUUCUUCUACUCAAUAAAAUUUGUGCACAAAUCA